UUAAUCUUCUAUUGACAUUUGUUUGGUCAUAGUAUGAUCUCUCUCAAUUUUUGUUUUGAUCUGCGGCAAAUCGAAAUUUCAAGGUCGUCAAGUUGCAUACAAGCACGACAGGAAGUCAUCGGUUCGUUCGAAGGCUCGCACAGUGACUCGACAUUACACUGCCUGGUUUCGAUGGUGCAGUGAAUGCAGUUAUCGCGCUUACGUAACGUGAUCAUGACUCGUCGAAGGACUAUUGGAGGAAAGAGAUCAAAAGGACAUCUUGAUUCGUGACGCUACACCAGUUGGCAUAAUACAUAUAUUAGCCGAUACCCUCGAUCUCGAGCAUUGGACAUCUUCCUUUUUAAUCACAUCGAUCCUCGUCUUCUCCAUUACCAACGAUCCAGAAGCUUCAUCGAAACCAGAAGAGAAAUAUAACUACCAUGACACUCGACGUGACUAGUUUCAUAGACAACAAAGGAGGAAAUGCUGAGGAAAUUCGUGAAUCGCAACGGAAGCGGGGAGAGUCGGUAGAACUGGUCGAUCAGGUCAUAGACAUGUACGCGGAGUGGGUGAAGAUGGAUUUUGAGGCCAACGGCCUCAGCAAGCAGGUCAACGCGGUGCAAAAGGAGAUCGCAGCCAAGAAGAAGGCCAAACAACCAGCAGAUGACCUAGUUACUGCAAAGAAAGAGCUAGAUGCGAAGGUUGACGCGAAACGGAAAGAGACUCGCGAGUUCGAGGUCGAGAUGCGGAAGAAAGCUUCGACAGUAGGAAACCUCGUGGCGAAGGAUGUCCCAAUCAGCUUGACUGAGGAUGACAACAUAACGCUCCGAACCUGGCAUCCAGAUGGUCCUAAUGGUCAAGUAGAAAAGAAGACGAAUAUCAUGCCUCACCAUGAAGUUUUGCUCAGAUUAGAUGCAAUGGACCUUGAUCGAGGUGCCAAGGUCGCAGGUCAUCGCGGCUACUUCCUCACAAAUGAUGGUGUCGAUCUCAACCAAGCCCUCAUCACAUAUGCCCUUGACUUCCUCCGUAAAAAUGGAUACAAGAAAGUCCAACCGCCAUUCCUCGUCAAUAAAGACGUCAUGGCAAAGACCGCGCAGCUUGACCAGUUUGACGAGGAACUGUACAAGGUUAUCGCAAAUGACGACGAGAAAUAUCUCAUCGCGACUUCGGAACAGCCCAUAUCGGCAUUCCACCAAGACGAAUGGUUCGAAGACCCUAAAACUCAGCUUCCCAUAUACUAUGCUGGAUACUCGACAUGUUUCCGUAAAGAAGCCGGCUCGGCUGGACGUGACAUGUGGGGCAUCUUCCGUGUGCACCAGUUUGAGAAGGUUGAGCAGUUCGUGAUCACUGCUCCGGAAGAGAGCUGGAAUGCAUUCGAUACCAUGCUGGGGAACAGUGAACGGUUCUAUCAGAGCCUGGGUCUCUCUUACCGCGUGGUGGCGAUCGUCAGUGGCGCACUGAACCUUGCAGCGUCGAAGAAAUGCGAUCUGGAGGCGUGGUUCCCAUUCCAAGGUGCACUACAAAGAACUGAGAGCAGGCGGCUAGAAGUCCGUUGCGGUCUCAAAACGAAGGACCAGCAACGGAAGGUUUACGUCCACAUGCUGAACGGAACGAUGUGCGCUACAGAACGCGCAUUGUGCUGUUUGUGCUCUUUCUUUUUGCGACGCGAGGGAUUGACAUUAAUACCGCAUUGACUCUCAGGGUCUCGUUAUACCCGAGGUACUCAGGCCAUAUAUGCAGGGACGGGACUUCCUACCAUGGGUGAAGGAGCUGCCGAAGAACUUACAGAGGAAGCAAAUAUAGAUGUGUCGUAUAUUCUGUUUUGUGCUAGUAGAAUACGUGAUUCACAGUCAUGCACGUACGUUAUCGUGUAGUAUUCGACACGCGUAUGAAAAUUCAGGGUUAAACACCUUGAAAAAGAAGGAGCGACUGUCUCCAGGCCUUCUGUCAA